GGUUGUUUCUGACGUUCCCUUUGUUGUUUUUCAUUGCAAAAGCUGCUCACAUCUCAUCAUAACGAGAGACGAUUUUACUCUUGUUCAAAUGCAACGUGGAAGCACUUCAUUUGGGAUGGCAAACCGAUCCGCGCCUGCUCCUCGUCCUGGCGGUGCCAACAAGACUUGCCAAUUCAAGCUGGUCUUGCUCGGCGAAAGUGCAGUCGGAAAAUCAUCACUGGUUCUACGUUUUGUCAAGGGUCAGUUCCACGAAUAUCAAGAGUCAACAAUCGGUGCUGCUUUUCUGACGCAAACGGUUUGCCUUGAUGACGCUACGGUGAAAUUUGAAAUUUGGGACACAGCAGGCCAGGAACGAUACCACUCACUAGCUCCUAUGUACUACAGAGGUGCACAAGCUGCGAUUGUUGUUUACGAUAUUACAAAUCAGGAAUCUUUCCAAAAAGCAAAAAACUGGGUGAAAGAGCUUCAACGGCAAGCCUCUCCAAAUAUAGUUAUGGCUCUAGCGGGUAACAAGGCCGACAUGGCUAAUAGGCGAACAGUUGAGUAUGAGGAAGCUCAAGCCUAUGCCGAGGACAAUGCUCUUCUUUUUAUGGAGACUUCAGCAAAGACGUCGAUGAAUGUGAACGAUAUCUUCAUGGCAAUCGCGAAAAAACUCCCGAUUGGUCCACCAGCCGGUGAGCCUAGCGGUACAGUGGAUAUGAAUCAACCACAACAGGCACAGAAGGGUAAUUGCUGCAAGUAGUGGGGUAAUCGAAGAGCUAGAGCACACCUCGCCUCUUCACUGCCGACAUGCGUACAGCAGCUCUUUCUGUCUGCAUGUUUGUCUAUAUCACAUCUAGAUUUGACCAAUGAGGGGUUGCGUAUAAGAGCUGGCAUCAUAUCCGCUGUGUGUUUGUCGCUAGGGUUUUGUGUGAGGUGUUGUGAUUUCUCAUAUUCCCCCACCUUUCGGGCCCACUCUUUGUUUUCUUCAUAAUUUUCCGUGUUUUUUGCUUACAGAAAAGAUGUAUAUGAAUUUUGUUUUUGUCAACGAUGGAAGCCUUUUUCUUCACCGAUUAGUGCUGUUCUUCAUUCCUUUUUUCGCAAUUUCUAUACUUAUUUAUUCAUAAUGUCAUAUAUCCGGCGAACUUCCCUGUACACAAAUCUACAGAUUUCUUUUUGUUUCGAUUAUGAGACAUAAAAGUUUUCAUAACGGUUUAUUGAGAAUCUACAUUUAGUUGUUUCUCAUUCAUCUAGCUUCACUUGUUGUCGAUUUUCUUCAUCCGAUUUUGUCACGCUGUAGUCUCGUCCUAACACUAAGUCGAUCACAUUCAAAUAUAUGCCGCAAAACUGCUGUACGCUGUAUGCUUAAGUCCCCCGUCCAGUGGUGUUUGGUCAGAAGAAUUUUUUUUGUGAAGUAUUUUCUGCA